UCGGAUCGACAUCGCUAUCAACGGAAAGUGCAAGCAGUCGAGAGAAGCGCAAGCAGGAGCAUCUCGGCAUCAAUAUUGAACGUCAGCUACGAGUACGGCCAACUUGGAGUACGAGGACGUCGAGAUCGCAAAACAGAACCCGCAGCGGCGAGCGAUCGUGCGCGACCAUCGCGCGGCGGCGGCGGACGAUGGGUGGCCUGACGGCGCAGCACUUCUGCCUCAAGUGGAACCAGCACCACGGCAGCCUGGUGUCGUUGUACGAGGAGCUGCGCAGCCGCGACGCGUUCGUUGACGUGACGCUCGUCUGUGAGGAAGGUGUCAGCAUGAAGGCGCACAAGCUGGUGCUGGCAGCGUGCAGCCCGUUCUUCGAGGGGCUGUUCGAGCGCAACCCGUGCGCGCACCCGGUGGUCAUCAUGAGCCAGACGCGCGAGGCCGACCUGCGCACCUUGCUCGAGUUCAUGUACCGAGGCGAAGUGAACGUCGCGCAGGACCAUCUGCCGGCGUUGCUGCGCACCGCCGAGCUGCUCCAGGUACGCGGGCUAGCCGAGGUGGCCGGCGAGAACCCCUGCUCGGACGAAGGAGGGGUUCACGCGCAGCAGCCGUCGCACGCGCAGCAGCCGGCGUCCAGCGGCGUCCGGGGCUCGGCCGCCCGGCUGCCCAAGCGCAAGCAGCGGACGCCGCCGCCGCCGUUGCAGCAGCCCGCGGCACCGCGACACCACGACGAGCCGAGCGAGCCGGUGGCCGCCGAGAGACCGGAGAGCCCCGAGCCGGCAGCCGCGGCGCCCAAGGCGCGACCGGCGGCCAAGCCGCCCGCACCUGCGAGCCGACGCACCUUCGACCACUCGUACUCGGACGACAAAACCAACUGGGUGCCGGCCGUGGCCGCUCACCACCGCCAGCAUCCGCGUGAGCCUCAGCCCCUGCUGCCUCCGGCGGUCCCGCCGGACGGCGGCACGGCCGCCGCAGGGGACGACCGCCCGCCCGUGUGCAGUGUGUGCACGCGCGUGUUCUCCACUAAGGGCAACCUGAAGCGGCACAUGCUCAUGCACCGGCCCUACCGGCACAAACACCAGUGCACGCUGUGCCUCAAGACGUUCAGCUGGCCCGGCGACCUGCGCACGCACCUGCGCGUCACCCACGGCCAGGGCCGCCCCAAGCCGCGCCAAAUGUCCUACCUGUUCACUUAGCCUCGUCGUCGUUGUGUGACAGUGCCGAAAUGCCCGGCAUGGCGUCGUGCGUCGAAGCCCUUCCACUGCCUCGGCGGCAGAGACGCUGAAGCGUGGUGCUCGUCGAGCGUGCGCGACUGUGUUCAUUAGCAGCGACUGCGGAUGGGUACUCGGUCGCUGCGCUCACCGCAGGCACAGUUCGAAAUCCUCGGUGGAUCACUUUUGGGAAUAGUUUUGCGCAACGCGGCAUUCAGUGAGUCACCUCACUCAGCAGUGAUCCAUAUAGAAUACAAUCCCAGGUGUUCAAGCAUUAAGUUUUCAUUCCAACACUCUCAGCUGGUGGUUGCACAGGUGCCGAGCCACAAGACAUAGUUGUGUUCUGUACACUGAGGUACAUCACCUUCUUAUGAAAAGAGUUGCACGAUGUCCCUUACCAAUUUUCAGCACAAUAAUUCCAAUGCCUUCAGUAUUUGGCAAAUCAGACUUUUAAGCUGUGUGCAAAAAUGCAACUUUACGUGUUCUCUCUGUAAAUUUUUAAAAGUACAGACAAAAAUUGCUUGUCUGGUUAAAUAAAGCAAGAGAUGCUUUAUUAUACUCCAAAGACAGCUGUAAUGCGAGUAUGAGGCUUCAAUUCCUUGGGCAUGCAUUAUGUGCAGCUUGCAGAGUGCUUUUGUGCACUAAAAUGUGGCACUACAACAAUUUGGAAUGAAGGUGGCGACGUAGCCUAUUUGUCCUGCUUCUCCUGUGGCCUGCACUGUCUGCCACAUUUUCCUUAAACCAACUGGCCUAAUUUCAUACUCGUGCCAUUCACAAUGUAACCCAAUGCCACAAGUUCAACGUAGCCAAUGCUAAAUAUUUGAAGUAGGGCGCCGUUACUGUUUUUCAUGGAACCACAGGGAAAGAAUUGAUGAGUCAGGAGUCGCUAAAUCUAGAGGUGUGCGGAUAUUUGAAACUUCCGAAUAACAAUCUGAACAAAUGUCCUAUUCGGUUAGGUCCUGGAAUCAAAUACUCGAUAUUCAAAAAUGAAAAUAGUUUUUUAAUACUUUACAUAGUCUAAUGUACUCAAUCAAACAUUAAAUUGAAGCAAAAACGUGAUAACUUUCAUCCAAUCUACAACAGACACGUAAACUAGAUCAUGCUGCAUCGCUCGCACAGCCAGAUUUCUCCGGCUAAACGCAAUUACUUGCAGUAAAAAGUUGUUCAGACAUGGCAUUCGUGAGUGGGUAUUGUUUGGUGCUAUUUAUAGAUGCAGCACCUGUUCAUUGAAUUAAAUGGGAAUAUGUUUUAUUGCAACAUACUUUAUACAAUAGUGGUACCAUCUGCUGUGACCAUUUGAACUAGACAAAAAGUGCUUUUUCUUUCAUUCUGCCGUCGCUGCAGACAAUGCGCAUUUAUGGUUUGGUCGCAAAGGUAUACACAGAUAUUAGCAGGCCUACAAGGUUACUUCUAUAAACAUAUGAUAAUGCAUCACUGUGUAUGCUCUGAAGAGCCCCAAGUUCGCAAACAAUCUGCUAUAGUCGUACCUAAUACUCCUUUUGUACUUUUAAUAAAGCAUGCUUUAUAAUGUGCAGUGUAAUGGCAGCAACUUUGUAAUGUUAGGUAUACAAGGAUGGGGCAAUUGUUUGUUAUUAAAGUAGCGAAGCACAUUAUCCGCAAGUUAUUUGAAAAAUAUUCUAUUCAUUUCUGGCACAACUUGUAUUCGAUUUGGUCUCAAAAACUGCUAUUCGCACACCCCUAGCUAAAACAAAUGAAGGCAGUACAGUUUUUACCUGGAAAGGCUUAUCUCAUCAAAGGUGGCAUUCAAGUCUUGCAAGAUGUCGGAGCGAUGUUACUGGCAACAUGACUGUGUAACACAUCCAGCUUACAAGAGCUCCUAACUGAGGACGGUGAUAAUGAAGAUAAUACUGCGCCACCAUGAGUAGUUGGUGGGCAAUGGCCUCUGUGAUAUGCCAUGCUGCUGGGAAUCUAGCUAUAAAUGUGGCAAAAAUGCCAUGCCAUGAUUCAUUGGAUAGAUUGUUCGUGCAGAAAACUCCGUACCUCUGUUCUGCAUGACUGUAUUGUUCAAGAUGCAGCAUAGAAUGCAGGAACCUUGUGCUACAGGAAUACUAUGCAUGCGAGUUCCAGGGCUUUGCGUUAUGACUGUGCAGCCAGGAAGAUGCAAGAAUUGGACGCAAUGUCAACAGGGUUCUACUGUGCAUGGAAUACGAGGCAUAAAACUGAUUUACUGUUGCUGCUUCCCAAAGCCAACGAGAAAAUGAACAAAAGCAAGCGUGUGGAUGGCGAGCCACAAUUAUUUCAAGUGGUUCGCUGGGCAAGCUACUGCAUAGUGAAGGUUCCUAGCUAGGUGAAUAGACAUGGGAUGAACGCUUCAAAGGCUGUGUUGCUCAUCAUUUUCGAACAUUGCCCAGUGCUUAAAUCUUGCAGUCACGAUCGUUCUGAGAAAUAUUACACCCAUGUGUGCCGCAAAUACAGUGAAAAUUUCUAGCAAAAGCAGUCGAUCUCAUCAUCACCUAACCUAGUAAAUGACAGCAGAUUCAGCUUUAAAGUUGCAGGUUGAGAGGCAAUGAAAUCUGGAAGGAUGUGCUACAUGGGGCAGGGUACCUAGGUGAUGCGUGGCCUUUUGCAUACUUUUGAAGAUGCCCACGUGUGUACCAUUGCUUGUAUUGUGCCACUCCUGCCUGUCUUAACUUUUUUUUCCACAUGUGCUCAUUGUUCCUUGAGGUCCUUCAUGUACACACUGGUGUUAGUUCGGUAUAAGCAAGGAUGGAGAACGCUUGGUUUUCAACUCUGUGACCCAUAGCAAAACGAAAGAAAAGAGGAAAGGCCUGGUGGCCCUUGUGAUGUCAUUGCCCUGUGUAAGCUUUUGUCUUCAACAAGUGAAAAGGGGAAAAGCAGGGGGGUUUCUCUUGUCUCAUGGCAGCAUUGUCAUCAGUAGCAUGGCCACAAGGGAGAGGGGGGGGGGCACAUCAGGCACGUGCCUUGUCCUCCCCAAUAUUUCCGUUAAUAUGUGCCCUGCCCAGCUCACCGUCCCCAGUCAAAUGCAUGCUCCCCCCACGCGGAAGAAAUUUUCGUUACUACUCAAUCCUUUUGAAGACUAAAUUCCCGCGGAAGAAUGCUUCUUAGCGAGUGCUUUACAAUGUCCAGUACACAAUACGAGGACACUUGGAGAACAGGAAAGGACACUUGGAAAGAUGCUAAGAACCUCACAAGGAGGGAUGGAAUGAAAAAAGCUAUGUGGGAAGAUUAACAGAUAAGAAGAUAGUUGUAUGAAUUACAAACACACAGAUAGUGGCAUUCUGGAGAUAAAGAGGAAUACAGUCUAAUUCCUUUAUAACGAAGUGCUUGGGGCCUCCGAAAUCAUUCGUUAUACAGGUCACUUUCUUUUAAAGGUCGCACAGCUCACAAUAGAACCGUGACAAAAUUAUUCCUUCUUUAUACAGGCCAUUUCGUUGUAGAGGCAUUUGUUGAGGUACUCAACUGUAAAUGAAAGUGGUCAGGUGUGUAUGGAAUAGAUAGUGUUCUGUUGGAGUAACAGAAUGGGUGUCAAGCGAAGGUUAUGCAGUCAGCCACAGUAGAGGAUUAGAUAGAGUUAUCAGCUCAGGAAAUUUGCAGGCAUAGAAUGCAGUGAGCUAACCCAAGAGGGGGGGGCUAGCAGAAGGUCUUUUGGGGAAAGGUUUUUGUUGGGUGCUGAAGAUUAAGGUGAUGAUGCCGAAUACAACUUCCACACGGGCCAGAAGGGUAAAAAAUUAGGUAGAUUGGAAGAUUAAACAUUUGCCAACAGACGCAAUGUUUACUAAAAGCGAAGGCUUGAUGCCAAAAACUAUGUACAAACGAAACACAGAUGACAGUACCACCUCAGGAUGCUUUUACCACAACUGUAUUCACAGAUCAUUUGUGAAGCAGUUUCACGGUUACUUGAUGAAGCAUGAUGCUUCAAUAAACAGCUGGACAAUCUGUGUGUGUGCUCAGAAUUAAGCAGCAUAAAAUUGAUGAAGGGUAGUCUGCCAUUAUUUUGAUCACAUCCUCAACUCUGGCCAAUUGUUGAGCUCUGAAAGGGAUAUAUACUGAAACCGAUUAGCAAUGAUACAGCCAUGAUGACUGGCAAUGUAUCCAAGGCUAGUUAAAUUCUCUUAAGAAAAAAAAAAAAAGCUAUUGUGCUGCACGCGAGACUCGACUCGGAAAUGUAUGUCUUCAUUGCACAGGGACCAAAAUAGAGCAACACUGGAAUCGGCAUGCGCACAUUCUAUAAAGGCAGCUCGAUUUUAAUUUUCUCUGCCUAUAGGUCACCUGCCUCUGUGGAGAAAUGCAUAAUGGGUUCUGGAGAGAUUUAUGUCUUGCAUGUCUAGACAAAGGUAGCCAUUUCCUAUUAGUGUUCUUUUAACGAAACUACUGUUCCACCAAUAGUUGCAGUAUGUAGCAAGUAGUGACAUCCAUACACUGUUUUCAAUAAAAGCUUUCACAUGUACUGUGGGCUAGGUGGCACAUGGAACGCUUACUGCACAGCCUCCAUCGUGACCACCUGUGCAACUUACGCCCUAGUUACAUGACUACAGUUAAACUCACGUCAAAAUCCUAACUGCAGUUAUUUAAAUAACUAGAACUUUACAUAAAAGCACGGUUUAGCUUAUGACUUCACACUAAAUUACAGCAGGUCAUGGUAAUCGUACCCAUGAAACUAUGGUACUAGUGGAAGAAGUUCCUUGGGAGGGUCACAGAUUGGUCUAGUUGGUGUGCUUUGAAACACCUGAAUAAGCAGAGUGCCCUCCAUUCUUGCCUUCUCUUGUGUUGUGUUUGUUAUGCCAGUUAAGGCUUUUCGGAAAGAAGUUUUGUGUUCAAAAUAGGCAGGGUUGACAAGAAGACCUUGAGCUACACCGGCCAUAUAUUGAAUGUUUACCAAAUGCACAAUAUGGAGCAGUGCAUCUUUGUGUCACGUUCAGUGUACCCAAGAAAGGCAGAUGCAGCCUGUGUUCAGAGCCUGUGUGUGUUUCUAUAAACAACAGUGCAUUCCUGAAAAGUUCUUUGUUUCAGAUAGUUUAGCUGGACACCGUAUCCAUACACCUAAGGACAGCAAUGACCACAACCACAGCCUUUCAGCCACAUUUUAAGAUUGAGCAGUGUUCACGUGGCAGAUAAUGUGACUUCAUAAUGGAACAAUACUAUGUUAGCAGCAAUGUGCCGCGCACAGGUGGGCGCAAAUCACUUCAGGCAAAGGAUUCUACAAAUGCAGAGAUAUCUUACAAUUGUUCCUGCUCUGCCUGUGAUAAACAUGUACAAUCACUGCCAGGUAUUUCGUGCACCUUGCGAUCACAUGACAGAAAACUGUACUGGUGGUGAGAGCCUAGGUGCAUGGCAGCUAACAACAGAGAAUGAGCGACCACUAUAGGAAAUGCUGCAUCUGCUAUUCAAACUGAUGGUCUACAGUUCCCACAUUGUAUUUUUCCCACCUGAAAGGAAAGGCAAUGGACAAAGAGAAUGCAAGACCUGCAACCCUUGGGCAAUCACAAUCGCUGCCUUUGAUUUCCUCGCAUCAUAGCUGUGCAGCGGAGGACUGUGUAGCUCUGUGCCCAGUGUCGAACUUGUGGUGUACACGCUUCGAGUGAAGCAGUGAACAAGGUGUGUGUGUGAAGUAGUCUGUUGGUGUUUCUGUAGAUCUUGUGUAUAUGUAUUUAAAUCCUGCCAUGCAACAAUGUGAUAUUCUUCUGUACA